AUGUUUUUUUCUGUCCUACAGGGUACCAAAUCCCAACUGCAAGCGGAUGUUCUUGAGAUAAAGAAUGAAGAAUUGAGCAAAUUUGAGCUUCCAAACAAACCCAAAAAUCCUGUCCAAGAAGUUGAGAGCUUCAAAAAGAUGACCCCAGCGGAGAGAAGACAGUUAGAGCUAAAUUUUUAUGAGACGUUCGUUGGGAUAUGUAACGAGGAGAAAAUCGCAGUCUGCGAACACAAGGAUGUUAAAUUUCUAGCCGGUCUGCUGGCCAAGGGAGACUCGGACUGCAUCAUGACCUGCUCCAAGUACCAGAUGCUGCAAAAUUUAGACAAUUUGCCGAAUGGAGUAAAAACUGUAAAGUUCAUCCAAGCUAUCGGUGUUUUCUUGAAAGAUCUCGACAUUAGCAAGAAGAGAGAUAAAAAUAAAUUGACCGAAAUGAAUCGCAAAGGAUGCGCGGCCGUGGGAGGCAGUGAAUGUGCAGAAAAACGUCUCAUUGGCUUUUUCACUGCAAUUGUGCUUUUUACUGUUGCAAAGGUGGGGUUGUUAGCAGCUCAAAGCCAUAUCGCCGCAACAAGUGAUUCUGAGUUUACCCAGUAA